AUGGCUCCUGCCUCAGACGUCACUGAAACUCCACUUACACACACCUCAUCUUCAACAACAUCAGGCAAUGGAAACACCAUUGAUUCCACUCACCCUUACUUCCUUCAUGCUUCUGAUGCACCAGGUAUGAUACUGGUGAACACACCAUUUGAUGGUCGUGGCUAUGCUGGUUGGAGCAGAUCCAUUUUGAUCUCACUGUCAGCUAAGAAUAAAUUGGGCUUCAUUGAUGGUUCAUGCCCUAUGACAUCUUCUACAGACCCUACUCAUCCAACCUGGAGCAGAUGCAACCACAUGGUGACCUCUUGGCUGUUGAAUUCCCUCACCAAAGUCAUUGCUGACAGUGUUUUGUACUCAAAAACUGCUAAGGAUCUUUGGUUAGAUCUGGAGCACAGGUUUGGGCAACCUAAUGAAUCCAAGCUAUACCACCUGCAAAAGGAACUUGCUGAUUUAGUACAAGGGACAGCUGACAUUGCUACUUAUUUCACUAGAAUGAAGCGACGAUGGGAUGAAUUGGACACUCUCAACUCUGAUAUGCAGUGCUCAUGCAACUGUGAUUGUGGUGGAAAGAAGAAAAUGCAGCAAUUUAAGGAAGAUGAGAGGCUUAUUCAGUUCCUCAUGGGCUUGAAUGAAACAUAUGGAUUGGCUUGGAGCAACAUACUCAUGGUUAAACCUCUACCUUCAGUCAAUCAAGCUUACUCACUUCUCAUGCAAGAUGAGAAUCAAAGGGAAAUCCAUGUCAGUUCCCAAUUUCCAACAGAUGGUGUUUCUUUCAUGGUGAAGAAUCAAGGACCUCAGAGUUAUCAGAACCCCGCACCAUCUCAUUUCCCUCAACAGAAGAAUGGAAAUACUCCUUAUAAAGGAAAUCUUGCACACAAAGGAAAGAAAAACACACAGAUGUGCUCCUAUUGUAAGAUGACUAAUCACACAAUUGAUAACUGUUACAGACUUGUGGGAUUUCCUGCUGAUUUCAAAUUUACUAAAAACAAAAGGGUUCAAAAUCCUCCAAAAGGAAAUUCAGCCACUGUAGUAGAAGAUACAGGGGAAAUUCGUAGCAACAUGGCAGAAGGACCUCAAUUUUCUCAGAAGCUCUCAUCUGAUCAGUUCAGUCAAUUAGUUAAUCUGCUGAAUCAACUACAAACAGGACAGGGAGCUUCUCAAGAGGUUAAUGCAAAUUCUGCUUCUGGUAUAUUGUUUACUAAUUCUCCAUCCUGUUAUUCAGUUUCUAAUUCUAAUCUUUCCAACUCCUGGACUAUAGAUUCAGGUGCAACUGAGCAUAUGUGUUUUAAUGCCAACACAUUCUUAUUCUUAGUACCAUUACCUUUUCCUCUAAUGGUAAAGCUACCUAAUUCUUCUAGGGUAAAGGUCACUCAUGCUGGUAGUGUUUCUAUCUUUCCAAGUCUAGUUCUGAAAAACGGCCCUCUCAUGAAGAGCCCUCAAGUUUUUGGUGAAGCUAAGGAGGGACUUUACUUAUUGGAGCCUAGUGUCACAGAACCUAGAACUUUGUCUUCUAAAACUGUUACAUCUUUUUCUAAUUCAGUUUCAGCUAAUAGAUUGUUGCCUGCAACUUUUUCUAAUUCAGUUUCAGCUUCUUUUCCUUUUCCUAUUUUAGCAAAAAUAGAAUCUGAUGUAAAACUCUGGCAUGUAAGAUCCGGGCAUUUGCCUUUCAAUGCAAUGAAAUAUAUCAGUUCCAUUUCAUUUGUUUCUGAUUCUGUGUGUCAUUGUGAUGUUUGCCCAUUAGCAAGACAGUCUAGAUUACCAUUUUCACUCAGUCAUAUCAAAACUAAGCAACCUUUUGAAUGA